UCGUCAGGUCGAUGGAGCUUUGUACUCUAUAUAUGGUGACCAGCAGCACUAAUCUAUAACAUCACUACUCAAAUGCUUUUUCUUUUCACAAAUGUUAAAUUUUCCUUAUAUAAUCAAAAAAUGAGCUUCAUUCUUCGUUCCUUCUGUUUCGUUUUCCUCGUUUCAAGUUUUCUAAACACUUUUAUUUCUGCUACACAACACUUGUGUAAUCAAGACCAAAAAGAUGCUCUUCUUGAGUUCAAGAAGGAGUUUGGGAUUCAGAAGCCUACUUUUGUUUAUUUUGACGUCUCCUCUUAUCCAAAGACAACAUCAUGGGUGAAUAAUAGUGAUUGUUGUUCGUGGGAUGGUAUCACGUGUGAUGCUAUGUCAGGCAAUGUUGUCGGACUAAACCUUAGUUCCAGCUGUCUCCAUGGCCAACUUGAAUCCACCAGUAGUCUUUUCAGACUACUUCAUCUCCGUGACUUGAACCUGGCUUACAACAAUUUCACUGGUUCGCCAAUCCCACCUGGUUUUGAUAAACUAAUGGAGUUAGAAAGACUUAACCUCGCCCGUUCAUCAUUUUCAGGCCCAACUCCAACCAAGCUUCUUCAGCUAACCAAGUUGGUGUCUCUCAAUCUUUCUUAUUCAUCUUUUGCUAUUGAUGAAUCUUUUCUUCGUCUACUUGCUCAAAACUUGAGUAACCUUAGAGAACUGGAUAUGAGCUUCUCGAACAUUUCCUCAAAAAUUCCACAUGAGUUUUCAAACAUGUCGUCUCUAAGAUUGCUACAUCUUGUCGAGUGCAACCUACUUGAGGAGUUCCCAAGCAGUAUCUUUCUGAUCCCCAAGUUAGAGUCCAUUGCCUUAGACUACAAUCUAAAUCUAAGAGGCAACCUUCCCAUUUUUCAAGAAAAUAACUCUUUGUUAGAGAUAAGCCUUUACAACACAGCCUUUUCAGGUACCAUACCUGACUCCAUUGGCAGCCUCAAACAUUUGGUUUCUUUGACCCUUUCCUAUUCUAAGUUCUCAGGAAAGAUUCCUUUUUCACUUGGGAACCUUUCUCAUCUCACUAAUCUUGAUCUUUCUUCAAAUGGUUUUGUUGGUGAAGUCCCAUCUUCUAUUGGCAAUCUAAAACAAAUGACAUAUUUUAAUGUUGAGAGAAACAAGCUUAGUGGAGACUUGACAAGUACAAUACUCAAUUUUACCCAACUACGUUCACUCGCUCUCUCUUCCAAUCAGUUCACUGGUUCUUUCCCACCAAACAUUAGCCAACUCUCCAAAUUAAUUUAUUUUGGUGUGUGUGAGAAUUAUUUCACGGGAGCCACCCUUCCUUCCCUAGUCAAGAUACCUUCAUUGACUCACAUCUAUUUGGAUUAUAGCCAACACCAAGACCUCGUUGGGGUUGAGAAUAUCUCUAUGUUACCUAAUAUACAAUAUAUUAAGAUUAUUAACCGUAUCGAUUACAAUAAAGUCAGUCCAGUUGACUUAAACAUCUUCUUGCCUCUGAAGCAGUUAAUAUUGUUGGCACUCUUGGGAGUCCCCGUCUCAACAGCAAACAUCACUUCUGAUUCAGAUCUUACAUCACAAAUGGAAGAGUUGUAUUUACCAGGCUGCAACAUCACUGAGUUCCCCGAGUUCAUAAAAUACCGAAGGAAUGUAGCGUCUAUAGACCUUUCAAACAACAAAAUCAAAGGUCAAGUACCAGAGUGGUUGUGGAGACUUCCAAAGUUGUCCGAUGUGAAUCUUUCUAACAACUCUCUCAGCGGUUACAAUGGAUCAUUCAAAGGUUAUCAUGGGAGUCAAAUCCUUAGUGUGGAUCUAAGGUCAAAUUAUUUUCAAGGACCAGUCUUCAUCCCGUCUAAGUCUAUUCUAUAUUUUCUUGGUUCGAAGAAUAACUUCACGGGAGAGAUACCUCGAUCGUUAUGUGAACUACGCUCUUUGUACGUCCUCGAUCUAUCAGACAAUAACCUCCACGGGUCAGUUCCUUGGUGUUUAGAGACUCAGAUGAGUUAUCUUUUUGAUCUAAAUCUUCGUAACAAUAUGCUCAGCGGACAUCUUCCUGAAAUCUUUAUGAACGCCAAGAACUUAGGGUCACUUGAUGUCAGCUACAACCGAAUAGAAGGAAAACUACCAGCUUCUCUUAUUGGUUGUUCUGCUUUGGAAGUUCUAAAUGUGGGAAGAAACAGAAUCAACGACAUGUUUCCUUUCCAUUUGAAUUCUUUGCAAAAGCUUCAAGUUCUUGUCCUCAACUCUAACAAGUUUCACGGUACGUUACAUAACGCUGAUGGGGUUUUCUUUGGAUUUCCUGACUUGAAAAUCAUUGAUGUGUCACAUAAUGACUUCAUCGGUACCUUGCCUUCCGACUUCUUCGUAAACUGGACUGUGAUGUCCUCCAAGAGAGAUUAUAAUAUGGAACCAGAGUACAUUAGGAAUACUCGUACAUACCGUUACUACACUUCACUUAUCUUGACGAGUAAAGGAGUGUCAAUGGAGAUGGAUCAAGUCCUUACAAUCUACACGUCCAUUGAUUUAUCAGGAAAUAAACUCCAUGGCCAAAUUCCUGACUCUAUUGGUCUGUUGAAGGAGCUUCGUAAUCUCAACAUGUCUAUCAAUUCAUUCACGGGCCACAUCCCAUAUUCUUUGGCAAACCUGAAAAAUCUCGAGUCGCUAGACCUGUCACAAAACAAGAUCUCUGGUGAGAUUCCUACUGAGCUUGGGGCUCUCUCUUCUCUUGAGUGGAUAAACGUUUCACAUAACCAGCUUGUAGGUUCCAUACCACAAGGCACACAGUUUCAACGACAAAACUGCUCAUCAUACGAGGGAAACCCCGGACUUAAUGGUCACUCCCUUAAGGAUGUUUGUGGAGAUAUUAAAGCGACUACACCACCACAACCCGAACUGCUAAAGAGAAAAGAAGAAGAAGAAGAAAAACCAUUGAGUUGGAUAGCUGUAUGUUUAGGCAUUGCACUUGGAGUUGUAUUUGGAUUAGCGAUGGGAUACAUAGUGGCUUCAUACAAGAAUCAGUGGUUUAUGAAGACUUUUGGGCCCAAGCAAGCAAGAGGGCACCAGAUCAUGCUCCAACCGGUGUUUAAGAAAUGACGGCGAGGCGUACCUCUGUUCAAUGAUAUUGCUGUAUAAAUUUCAUAAAUAUUACGUUGUAUUUCAUGAGAAAAAGCAUACGUUUGAUGAAUCAAUCAAGUUUUAUGUAUUACUAGAAGAUGAAUGUGUGGGUAUAUUGAAAACAUAUUUUUCUUGAAAGAAAUGAACUUGUUUCUUAAGUAAA